CCAAAUGCCAAAGGGGAAACAAAUAUUUACUCUUUUUUACCAAAUCUCUCUCCUCUCUCACUCUCUCUCUAUCUCUCUCAUCGCUUUUGCUGACCAGCAAGGGGCAGGUCUUCGGGCAGGUCGUUUUAGGCAUUCGACUGUAGCAAAACGACGUGCCCGUUGCCCCUCCUAUCAUGCUGGGCCGGCAUUGGGGACUGGGGGCUUGGAAAACAAAGCAACACACACACCAAGAUUGGUGUGUGUGUGAGUGAGAUAGGAAGAAAGAAAUGGCGUUAGUGCAUCGCUUUAUUCUGUUCAAAUUCGUUGAUGCUUUGCUGUUACUAUUUUGCUGCUGAGAACGAGGCUGAGUUUCAAGGAAAAAAAAAGUUAAAAUUAGAAUUGAAAAAGAAACCUCUCUCUCUCUCUCUCAUAAUUGCAUUGUCUUGUUCUUAAGCGAGUCUUGUCUCAUACUCAUAUUUCAAGUCGGGGUUGUGAAGUUGGGCUCUUCUUCUACUCUCUCACUCUCUCUCAUACAGUCGCAUUCAGUGAGUGUAAUUGUGUUUGUGUGUGCACCAUUUUCACCAAGAAAGAAAAGAUUGAAUCUUGUGAGAGAAUAGAGAUUCUUGCCCUGAUGGUGGAAUGCUGAAAGAUUGAAGCUUUUCUCAAAAUUGAGGAUGCCCAUUUGCAAAUUUCGUUUCUUCUUGCAUCAAAGUUGCGAUUUUUUGAAGAAUUCGAAGACAGAGAACAUGAAUUCUUGUUAUUUUUGAGUUGAUUUGAGCAAAAGAUUAGAUUUUUCUGGACUAGGGGGGUGGGGGUGGGGUGCAAAGUUUGAAAGUUUACCUUAUGAAGAAAUAGUGUGCCAAGAUGAAAGAUGGAAAUUCCAAGAAAUCCAAGCUCUCAUGGUCCAAGAAAUUGAUCAGAAAAUGGUUCAAUAUCAAGAGCAAAAGUGAGGAGUUUCAAGCUGAUGAAGCUGUUUAUGCAGGUGGUGAUGUUGAAUGGAGGAACAGCUUUUCUGAGAGGGAACCAUCUGCAGUAAAGAAAAUUAAAACAGAAAAAUCAGCAAAGAACAUCGAGCGCUCCUUUUCCCGUUCACGUUCCCGUUCGAGGCGUGGGAGAGCCUACCUUGAUCACCCUCAGAUUAUAAACAUACAGAACUACAGUCUCUUCGUAUCGACAUGGAACGUGGGAGGAAAAACGCCACGGGGCAAUUUGAACUUAGAUGAUUGGCUACACUCUGCACCUCCUGCUGAUAUAUAUGUGCUUGGAUUUCAAGAGAUAGUUCCUCUCAAUGCUGGUAACAUUCUUGGUGCUGAAGAUAAUGGUCCUGCCAAGAAAUGGCUUGCUCUCAUUAAGAGAACACUAAACAAUGCUCCGGGCACGAGCAGCGGUGGCAGCGGGCGCUGCACUCCAUCGCCCGCUCCUGAUCCCGUUGCUGAGUGGAAUGCUGAUUUUGAGGGGUCAAGCAGGCACAAGGCCUCGACUUUCUUCCCCCGUCGAUCAUUCCAGACGCCGCAAUGCUGGAGAAUGGAGAAUGACAUGUCUGCCCCUCAACCUCGCCUUGAUCGGAGGUACAGUGUGUGUGAUCGAGCAAUUUUUGGCCAUAGGCCUAGCGACUACGAUCCAAGGGGUUAUAGGCCGAGUGACUGUUCGUCGAGCCAGAGGGCAAGUGAUUACUCUUCUGGUCGGCGUCCGAGUGAUUAUUCCUCCGGUCCUCGAGCAAGUGACUAUUCGUCAAGUAGGAGGCCGAGCGACUACUCGUGGGGCCAGAGGGCGAGUGAUUUUUCACGAUUGGGUUCGGACGAAGAUUAUCCGCCUGGAGAUUCGCCUAGCACGGUUUUGUAUUCACCGAUGUCUUACAGUGCGUACGAGCCACCGUCUGAAAACGGGUACUCCGUUCCUGGACACUCGAGAUACUCUUUAGUAGCUAGUAAGCAAAUGGUUGGCAUUUAUCUCACUGUUUGGGUUCGGAGCGAGCUGACAGAACACGUCAAGAACAUCAAGGUUUCGUGCGUUGGCAGAGGAUUGAUGGGUUAUCUCGGAAACAAGGGAUCCAUCUCCAUUAGCAUGUUGUUGCACCAGACGAGCCUUUGCUUCGUGUGCAGUCACUUGACCUCCGGUCAGAAAGAGGGCGAUGAGCUACGAAGAAAUUCUGAUUUCAUGGAGAUCUUGAGGAAAACAAGAUUCCCUCGAGUCAACGGUGCCAAUGAGGAGAAAGCACCCGAGACAAUUCUUGAACACGAACGAAUUAUUUGGCUUGGAGAUCUGAACUAUCGAAUAGCAUUGCCUUACCGGUCUGCCAAAGCACUUAUCGAAAUGCAAAAUUGGCGAGCGCUAUUGGAAAAAGACCAACUGCGGAUAGAGCAGAGGCGAGGUCGUGUUUUUGAUGGGUGGAGAGAAGGGAAGAUAUACUUCCCUCCUACUUAUAAAUACUCACAUAACUCAGAUAGAUAUGCUGGAGACGACAUGCAUCCGAAGGAGAAACGAAGGACACCUGCAUGGUGUGAUCGAAUCUUGUGGUAUGGCGGUGGCCUUCAGCAGUUGUCGUAUGCUCGUGGGGAGUCUAAGUUCUCAGAUCACAGACCUGUUUCUAGUGUGUUUUGGGCGGAGAUCGAGUCUACACCAAACAGGUUGAGGAAGAGUAUGAGUUGCUCGAGCUCAAGAAUCGAGGUGGAGGAGCUUUUACCUUACUCACAUGGUUACACAGAACUCUGCUUCUUCUAAGAACGGGACGAAAUGAAUCUGGAAGAAGUGGUUUUCUCUGGCUUGAAAUGAUAUGAAAUGUGCACUAAAAGUUGCCCCAUCUCUGCAGCUCGUGUCUCCGGGCUCUUGCUACGCGAUGGGGACAUCUCAUUGGCCGAAAAUCGAGAAAGAUGUGUAGAUACUUUUAACUUCACACGAACGUGGCUUGCUCGUUUUCCUCCUCUUCCUAACCGACUACUUAACCGUUUUGGAGCCUCAUUCAUUCAUCGAGAUUCUCGGAUUCCCAUCACUAGGCGCACGCCUCCUUGACCAGGUACACCGUGUUUUAGUUGCUCCACGGCCCUUCCAUGGCGAAUGCUCGAGUUCGUACCGUUGUUUGCGCGCGCGUAACGAUCGAAGACAGCCAAGUGGGAAUGCAGGAUUCUUGUUUUUUCUUUGUAUUUCUUUAGAUUUGGGAGAUUCUUUGUUUGUUAGGACAUAGAUUCUUGACAAGAAGGGAAAAUAGAAAUGGUCAAAAUAAGGACCCUCUUUUUCAUCUUUUUUUUUUCUUUUUUGUUUUUUUGUAUCUUUAAUGAAGAAAAAGAAGAGAGAUUGUGAUGUAA